AUAAAUAAAUUAAAAUACAAAAAAAGACGCAAUAAAAUCAUAAUAAAGAAAGAAUAUAAAAAAACAAUUUAAAUAAAAAUGACCACAACAAAUUCUAACCCUAAUACAGAAAACAAUACACCCAAAAACAAAUUAGAUUAAUUGGUUUUAUUUCAGGUGAUAUGCCAACCUAUUUAUAAGGAAAAUAUAGUAAUAUUUCAGAUUCUCCUGUAACAAAGAAAGAAGGUAAAAAAAUUAUUGAAAAUAGAAUUGGAGUAAGUAAAGAAAGCCCAUCGUUUUUUAAACUCAAAUAUGGAAAAGAAGAUUAAUUAUCUUAUAAUAAUCCUUAUAUUGGAGAUAGAAAAGAUAGUUAAGGAUAAAAACUUUCAUUAGUAAAUAGACAAACCUAUAAUAUUUUUAGCAAGGAAGAUACAUAACAUUAAAAUAAAGAAUAUUUUAAUGUAAAAAAAAUUACUCCUCCUCCUAUUUAUAAUAUUCUUUCACAUGUAAAAUCGGAUAUAGGAACAAUAGACUUAUAAAUUAAUGAAAGAGCAAAAUUUAGUGAAGAUUAUUAAAAAUUAUUAGAUGGAUAAUCUUCACCUUUUAAUAAAAAAUUAGAAUACUUUUCCGAUUUUGUAAAUAGAAACGAUGUAAUGAAUGUUUAUGGUAAUUUAAAUAUGAGAGAAAGGCCAGUUAAAUUUAGAAGAGUAAAAGAUUAUUCAUUAGAUGGAUAAUAACUUAAUCAUUGGAAACUUAUUAAAGAAAUGAGUUAACCUUCUAAAAUUUUAAAAAAAUUAAUAUUGACUCAACAUUCAAUGAAUAGUAAAUAAAUGAGUUAAACAAACUCUUAAAAUUAAAGUCCUUUAUAGAAAGUUAGUGAAUAAAUAUCAAUUUUUCCUUAAAUUCAAUAUACUGGUUUGUAUAAUUAAAAUAUUUAUGAAAUGAAUUAAAUUAAUUAAGUUAAUUUACCUAAAAUAAAUUAAAAUUCUGAAAAAUCUAGUAUUUUAAAAACUUAGCCUUAAUAUUUAUAAUAAUAAUCUGCGCAUAAAAAUUUUUCAAGAAAAAUAUAGAUAAAUAGGCAAAGCAAAAUAAAGGAAGAAUUAAUAUGUCAUGAAUUAUAAGAUAUGGAAGAUUUUGAAUACCAUUUAAAAUAUAUAUAAGGAAAUAAACUAGGUGAAAGAAAUUAAGGAUCAGUAUUUUAUAAAGGCAAUAAAGUUUGAAAAAUAUAUAACAAAUAUAUAUGUGUUUUCUUUAUUUUUAA